AUGGCACGCAACCUGGUCCGAUCCGCUCGUCUGAGCGCGAGCGUACCUUCCAGUCGAUCCAUCUCGCUUCCCCGAUUGGCAAACAUUUCUCCCAUCGCAGCAUCUUCUUCAGCUAAACCCAGAUUGCAAGUCAACUCAUUCCAGAUCCAACAACAGCAGCAACGCUUUUACGCUGCUAGCUCUGGUCUUUCGCAAGCCGAGAUCCAGAACAGAAUCUCCGAGGUGCUCAAGAGCUUCGAGAAGGUCGAUGCUGCAAAGCUCUCGCCCACCGCUUCUUUCACCGGUGAUCUGGGAUUGGACAGCCUGGACGCAGUAGAAGUCGUCAUGGCCAUCGAGGAGGAGUUUUCCAUCGAAAUUCCUGAUGCGGAAGCGGACAACAUCACGACUGUUCAGCAGGCUAUCGAAUACGUCUCCAAGUCUCCAGAUGGUGAGUGA